AGUGAGGUGGACAGUGUCACUCAGGAGCAGGCUGAACCUGCUCCAGCUGUCCCAGUGCUGAUGUUUCCACAGUCUUCAGGAGGUCUGAGGAGGAGGAAGAGGGACUGGGUCAUACCCCCCAUCAACUUCCCAGAGAAUGACAGAGGCCCCUUCCCUAAGAAGAUGGUGCAUAUCAGAUCAAGCAAUGAUAAAGAGAUUAAAAUGCAGUACAGCAUCAGUGGCCCUGGGGUAGAUGAGCCCCCUGUUGGGCUUUUCACCAUUGACAGAAACACUGGUGAGCUCUUCGUGACUCAGCCUUUGGACAGAGAGACAACAGACAAAUACAAGCUUUUUGCACAUGCUUCGUCAAGUCAUGGUAUGGCUGAGGACCCCAUGGAAAUUAUUAUCAAUGUAAUUGAUCAGAAUGACAACAAGCCUGAAUUUACCCAGGAUCCCUUUCAGGGCAGCGUUCCUGAAGCAUCACCAAAAGAUUUUGAGUUUAUGAAGGUAACAGCCAUUGAUAAAGAUGAGCCUGGAAAUCAGAAUUCUGAUAUUAGAUACACCCUUUUGAGCCAAGACCCAGAGCAGCCACAGCCCAACAUGUUCACCAUCAACCCUGUGAGCGGAGGAAUUCGACUGAAUUCAGGUGGACUGGACAGAGAGAAAUUUCCUAAAUACACGUUGGUCAUUCAAGCUGCUGACCUGGAGGGGUAUGGUCUCACAAAUACCUGCACAGCAAUCAUCACAGUGACAGACAGCAACGACAAUGCUCCUCAGUUUGAGCAGACUUCAUACACAGUGUCUGUCCCUGAGAAUAAAGUGGGUGCUGUGGUGGUGAAAAUGCCAGUAACUGAUGGGGAUGAACCUCACACACCUGCCUGGUCGACUACAUACAAGAUCAUCCAAGGGAACGAUGGAGGGUUCUUCAAUGUCAGCACUGGACCCAGCAAGCUGGAGGGCAUUAUUACUACAGUAAAGGGCCUUGACUUUGAGAACAACAAGUAUACUCUGUUGGUCACCGUGGAGAACGAUGCUGCAUUUGCCACACAUCUGCCCACCUCCACUGCAACAGUGAUUGUGAAUGUGGAGGAUGAGAAUGAAGCUCCAGUUUUUAAUCCAGUUGAGAAAGUGAUCACCAGACCAGAGAACCUGACUUCGUCAGGAGGUCUGAGGAGGAGGAAGAGGGACUGGGUCAUACCCCCCAUCAGCGUCCGAGAGAAUGACAGAGGCCCCUUCCCUAAAAGAGUGGUGCAGUACACGGUGUCCGUCCCUGAGAAUAAAGUGGGUGCCCUGGUGGUGAAAAUGCCAGUAACUGAUGGGGAUGAACCUCACACCCCUGUCUGGUCGACUACAUACAAGAUCAUCCAAGGGAACGAUGGAGGGUUCUUCAAUGUCAGCACUGGACCCAGCAAGCUGGAGGGCAUUAUUACUACAGUAAAGGGUCUUGACUUUGACAAGAAGAACACGUACACUCUGUUGGUCACUGUGGAGAACGAUGCUCCAUUUGCCACACAUCUGCCCACCUCGACUGCUAAAGUCAUUGUGAAUGUGGAGGAUGAGAAUGAAGCUCCAGUUUUUAAUCCGGUUGAGAAAGUGAUCACCAGACCAGAGAACCUGACUGUUGGCAACAGAGCGGUCAAUGUGAAGAGGGCUGUGACCAUGCAUGAUGGACACAAGAACCUCCCAGUCAAAGCUCUGGACUCCAAGGGGAACAGAGCAGCAGCUAGAGCCAGACUGCAUGAGCCCAGCAGCGGCCGCCGUCACCAUCACAGUGAGGUGGACAGUGUCACUCAGGAGCAGGCUGAACCUUCUCCAGCUGUCCCAGUGCUGAUGUUUCCACAGUCUUCAGGAGGUCUGAGGAGGAGGAAGAGGGACUGGGUCAUACCCCCCAUCAACGUCCAAGAGAAUAACAGAGGCCCCUUCCCCAUGACAAUUGUGCGUAUGAGAUUAAGCAAUGAUAAAGACAUUAAAAUACAGUACAGCAUCAGUGGCCCUGGUGCAGAUGAGCCCCCUGUUGGGCUUUUCACCAUUGACAGAAACAGCGGUGUGCUCUAUGUGACUCAGCCUUUGGACAGAGAGACAACAGCCAAAUACAAGCUUUUUGCACAUGCUUUGAUAAGUCAUGGUCAGGCUGACGACCCUAUAGAAAUUUUUAUCAAUGUAAUUGAUCAGAAUGACAACAAGCCUGAAUUUACCCAGGAUCCCUUUCUGGGCAGUGUUCCUGAAGCAUCACCAAAAGAUUUUGAGUUUACGAAGGUAACAGCCACUGAUAAAGAUGAGCCUGGGUCCCUGAAUUCUGAUGUGAGAUACGCCAUUUUGAGCCAAGAGCCAGAGCAGCCACAGCCCAACAUGUUCACCAUCAACCCUGUGAGCGGAGGAAUUCGACUGAAUUCAGGUGGACUGGACAGAGAGAAAUUUCCUAAAUACACGUUGGUCAUUCAAGCUGCUGACCUGGAGGGGGAUGGUCUCAUAAAUACCUGCACAGCAAUCAUCACGGUGACAGACAGCAACGACAAUGCUCCUCAGUUUGAGCAGACUUCAUACACAGUGUCUGUCCCUGAGAAUAAAGUGGGUGCUGUGGUGGUGAAAAUGCCAGUAACUGAUGGGGAUGAACCUCACACACCUGCCUGGUCGACUACAUACAAGAUCAUCCAAGGGAACGAUGGAGGGUUCUUCAAUGUCAGCACUGGACCCAGCAAGCUGGAGGGCAUUAUUACUACAGUAAAGGGCCUUGACUUUGAGAAGAACAAGAAGUAUACUCUGUUGGUCACCGUGGAGAAUGAUGCUCCAUUUGCCACACGUUUGCCCACGUCCACUGCUACAGUCAUUGUGAAUGUGGAGACUGAGGCUCCAUUCUUUAAUCCUUCUCAAAAAUUUAUUUUCACAUCAGAGGACCAGGCUAUUGGUACUGAUUUGAUUCAAUACAGAGCCACCACUCCAGAUGGAGCUAAAUUCCAGAAUGUGAGGUAUACAAUGGGCAGUGAUCCUGCAGGAUGGCUGAAUGUCAAUAUAGAGACUGGACUCAUCAAAGUCAAGAGCCCCAUGGACCGAGAAUCUCCUUUUGUCAACGAUGGCAAAUACAAAGCAAUCAUUCUAGCCAUCGGUAGUGGAGGUAUUCCUACAACUGGUACUGGAACCUUGUUGAUCGAGUUACAAGAUGUGAAUGACAACGCUCCAACAAUCAAUGAAAGAUCGAUCACCGUCUGUAACCAAGCAACUCAUCCCAUCCCUCUGUCGGUCAGUGACAGAGAUGGGCCGGGCUUUGCAGACCCUUUCAGAGUGGAACUCGUGGGAUCAUCACAGAACAGCUGGGCGGCAGAAAUGAACAGCGCGAAAACAGAUGUCAUACUGAGACUCAGGAAUUUGCUGGAACAGAACGACUACAGCAUUGUCCUGAGGGUUUAUGACAACCAGGGUCUUUACCAGGACAGUACUGUUCUUGCCAGAAGCUUCAGACUCCAAGCCUGGGACUCCAAGGGCAAGAAGAACACAGUCACGGUCACAGUGGUGCAUGAGCACAGACAGAAUCACCAUCACCAUCACAGCGAGACGGACAGCGCCACUGAGGAGGACCAUAUAGCCAGUGGAGAUGCCCAGAGCUUCCCAAUAUUGCUGUUUCCACAGUCUUCAGGAGGUCUAAGGAGGGGGAAGAGGGACUGGGUCAUACCCCCCAUCAACUUCCCAGAGAAUGACAGAGGCCCCUUCCCUAAGGCAAUGGUCCAGAUCAGGUCCAGCAAUGCUAAGGAGAUGGAGAUCACUUACAAAAUCACGGGACCUGGGGCUGACCAGCCACCCGAGGGGGUUUUCACCAUUGACAAGCGUUCAGGCAUGCUGUUUGUGACCCAGCCACUGGACAGAGAGAGGAAAGAUACAUACAUGCUGCUGGCACAUGCUAUGGCCGUUGGCAUUGGCAAAGCUGAGGAACCCAUGGAAAUCAUUAUUAGAGUGACUGAUCAGAAUGAUAACAAGCCGGAGUUUACCCACAAUCCUUUUCUGGGCAACGUAACCGAAGGAGCGCCACCAGACUCUACAUUCAUGAGGAUUACAGCGGUGGAUAAGGAUGAUCCCUCCACAGACAAUGGCAUUGUGAGGUAUAAAAUCCUGAGCCAGGAGCCGCAGUUGCCGAGUCCUCGCAUGUUUGCGAUCAACGCGGUGAGCGGCGUGGUCAGUGUUGCCUCGGAGGGGCUGGACAGAGAGACACACCCGGAGUACAAGGUGGUCAUCCAGGCAGCUGACAUGGAGGGGAUUGGACUUUCUAGCACCUGCACAGUGAUCAUCACAGUGACGGACAGCAAUGACAACGCCCCUCAGUUUGUAAAUGCCUCUUACUCUGGUUCGGUGCCUGAGAAUGAAAAGGGAGAGAUGGUGGUGAAGAUGCCAGUCACAGAUAUGGAUGAACCUCACACAUCUGCUUGGACCACAAAAUACACCAUCAUCCAAGGGAAUGAGAGAGGGCUCUUUUGUGUCAGCACUGGGCCCAGCAAGAUGGAGGGCGUCAUUACGACAGCCAAGGACCUGGAUUUUGAGAAGAACAGGAAGCACACUCUGCUGGUUACCGUGGAGAACGAUGCUCCAUUUGCCACACGUCUGCCCACCUCCACUGCUACAGUCAUUGUGAAUGUGGAGGAUGUGAAUGAGGCUCCAACUUUCAGUCCAGCUGAGAAGGUCAUUAAAGCACCUGAGGGCUCUACUGUGGGCAGUGACCUGACUGAAUAUAGAGCCAAAGACCCCGACUCUGCUAGGAAACAGACUGUCAGAUUUAUAAUGGAGGAUGACCCUGCAGGGUGGCUGCGUGUCAACAAAGAGACUGGUCUCAUCAAAGUCAAGAACCCCAUGGACCGAGAAUCUCCCUUUGUCAAAGACGGCAAAUACAAAGCAAUCAUUCUGGCUUACGACAACGCAGAUGACACUCCGGCUACAGGCACAGGCACUCUGGUGAUAGACCUAGAGGACGUCAAUGACAACGCGCCGACCAUUGACCAGAGAGAGGUGAGCAUCUGCUCAGAAGAUCCAGAGCCUGCCCACCUGACCAUCAAGGAUGCUGACGGUCCAGGCAACACAGGCCCUUUCAGAGUGGAACUGCGGGGAGAAUCCAGGAGCAACUGGACUGCCACAGUCAACAACACAUCUGGCAAUAUAAUUAAUCUAAUGCCGAAGAAGAAUCUGGGGCAAGGCGACUACCACGUGGUGAUGAGAAUCUACGAUGUGGGGGCACACUUCCAGGACAGCACAGUUUACGCUGAAGUCUGCCACUGCAGAGGAAGUGUUUCCACCUGCGUUCGGCGUCCGCCAAGCCCGCACACUCACGAGCCAGCCACCUUUGGUGUCUUAGGAGCUGUCCUUGGCAUCUUAUUGCUGGCGCUGCUGCUGCUCGUGUUCCUGAGGAGGAAGAGCGGUGUGAAGAAGGAGGAGCUGCUGCUUCGGGACGACGUUCGGGACAACCUCUACCGCUACGACGAGGAGGGCGGCGGGGAGGAGGACCAGGAAUAUGACCUAAGCCAGCUCCACAGAGGUCUGGUCCGGCCAGACGUCAUGCGUAACGAUGUGGCCCCAACGCUGGUGGCUUUUCCACUGUACCGACCACGUCCUGAGGAGAAUGAGGAGAUUGGAAACUUCAUUGAAGAAAACCUGAAGGCUGCGGAUAACGACCCCACCGCGCCACCGUACGACUCCCUCCUGGUGUUCGACUACGAAGGAGCGGGCUCUGAGGCUGGCUCUCUCAGCUCCCUCGACUCCUCCAGCACUGAGGAGAACCAGAGCUACGAGUACCUGAGCGAGGCGGGGCCACGCUUCAAGAAACUGGCAGACAUGUUCUGUAGUGGAGAGGACUGUGACUCAGACACACUGCCUUCGAAAACAGUGUGGGUCUGACACAAUAAUGGGUGCAGUGACAGCAUCCUAUCAUAUGUCCUCAAAUCCGGUCACAUGACUCCUUAGCCUCAACAGUACCACAGAUAAUGUUGACUUUCUCUCAACAUGUUAAAAUGGGGUUUAAUACAGUCUCCCUUAUGACUGUUCAUUACUUUAUUUGUUAAUAAUGUUUUAUAUGUGUAUAGAUAAGCAUUUGUUUUGCA